AUGGAUUGGAAUGGACCAAACGACCCUGAUAAUCCUCGGAACUUUUCGCUGGCCAGGCGUUUCAUGGGAAUUGUCAGUAUAACCCUGCUGGCCUUUGUCAGUGCCUUUGCCGGUGCCAUCUAUGCGCCCACACAGACUGCAGUGAUGGAAGUCAUGAACUGCAGCUCUGAGAUCACCAUACUCCCGCUUAUUCUAUAUAAUUUAGGAUUAGCCUUUGGACCCCAUUUUGGGACAUCCUUAUCUAAAACUUAUAGUCGCAAAGCUGUCUAUCUUACAACUACUUCUGUUCUCAUAUUGUUCAUGAUUGGUGGUGCUGUGUCAAAUACUAUAUCGGGCCUGACUCUCUGUCGUUUCUUUGCCGCUGUUUUUGGGUUAUCGAACAUCAGCAACGCCUCAGCAAUUAUUCUGGAUUAUAUGCAUGACAGCAAACGAGGCACCGUCCUCGCCAUCUAUUAUACACUUCCAACUGUUACUGCGACCCUGGCACCUCUCGUACCGGUAAUUCUUAUAGUAGCUUUCUUUUCCCCCUUGAUCUUCACCAGGGAGACCUAUAAAGCGGUUAUCCUACGAUGUCGGGCAACGCAACAGGGGAUGGCGGAUCAUCUCUUUAUUAUUCUAUUUCAGCGGCCUAUUCAUAUACUCCUGACCGAACCGAUAGUAAUAUUUAUCAGUCUCUAUAAUGGGUUUCUUUUCAGUUUAUUAUAUGCAUUCGUGAUUUCCGUUCCUUGGGUUUUUGAGAAGUACUAUGGGUUUAAUUUGACCACCCAGACUCUUACCUAUCUUAAUAUGACCGUGGGUGAUAUGGUUGCUUGUAUUUCCUACGCUUUGAUAGACCGGUACUUCUUCCUGCCGCGGCUGCAUUCGUGGAAACAAGCUCACGAGCCGAGUCUCAAAAUACCUCUGGAGUCUCAUCUUGUAUCAGCAUUGGGGGGCAGCUUGCUACUUCCACCAUCAUUACUUAUUCUUAUAUUCAUAGUAUUGCAAGGCCUUUCGAUGUUUUCCUGCUUGCUGGUGUAUUCUGGAACGAACCUGUACAUGAUGGACACUUAUGGUCUAUUUUAUGGUGCAUCCGCCUCGGGCGCAAUGAUGUUCAGUAGAUAUAUACUCAGCUGCGCGUUCCUUAUGUUUAUUCUCCAGAUCUUUGAAGAGCUUGGUGUAGGCUGGGCAACCACAGUUUUAGCUACUUUGACUCUGUUUAUAGCUCUGAUUCCCUGGAUCUUUUGGAUUUAUGAAUCACAGAUUAGGAAGGUGAGUAAGUAUAAGACUACCCUAUGA